AUAUCAUUCAACCAUCCGCCGGUCUCUAAUAAGCAGAGUGCAUUAAAAAGUCUCAGCCUAGGACCUGGCCGCGAUCGGUGAUUUCAAGUUUUUGACCCAAUUCUCAGAAUCCGCGACACGACAAUAUCAAAUAUCACAGAAUGGCUUUUAACGUGUCAUCGAUGGUACAGCUACGCGAGGCGCGAGUAGAAGGUGAUAACUGGACUGGAUUGACUAAUGCAGCCGAAAGGAGGAAGCGGCAGAAUCGACUGCAUCAAAGAGCCUGGCGCCGAAAGAAGGCCGCUCAGCUACCAGCUGGCGACCAGCAUGAGUCCCAUGAGCAGGAGUUCCAUGGACAAACGACACCGUCUAAGCCAGAUGUAGAUAAUCCUCUGGCACAAGAGAUCAUGAAUCUCUUAAAAGCCGAUCCACGUGUGCCGUCCCAUCUUUAUACACAGCUCAGGCCCUUCGCUCAUUGGGAGGAGUUUCAUGCGCAACUUAAUGCUAUAAAUGAAGUGUACGGGAUACCAGAUCGCCCAUGUUAUAAUCUCAGCCAACGACAAGACCUCACGCAUGGUGCGAGGUAUAAUCCACCGAGCCUUAAACGGCAAACAAUCCCACCCGUGAUCCCAUAUCUCGAUAGCCACAACCAGGCUAGAAUUACCAUCCCAAAUUUUGCUUUUCCUAUCUCGGCAGACCAUCGGCUCCUUGUCUUAAUCCAAUACAACGUUCUUCGAGCGUUCAUUACCAACAUGUCUAUCUUAUCAACCACCGACCGGAUGCCCCUCGAAUGCAGCGCAGCUCUCGAUAUAAAAAGCAUACUUCCUCCUCCUAAGACUAUACCCCCUAACUUUGAACCGACCCAGGUCCAGAAGCGUGUGGCGCAUGAUUUUUGGAUAGAUAUUGUUCCGUGGGGUGGCAUGCGAGAUAAUCUGAUCCUGAACCACGGCAGGUAUGAUGAAGAUGAUCUCUGCGUAGACAUGGCUGGUGGACUCUACGAAGGGUUUGACGAGGUAGAAUCUAGGGGGCUGGUAGUAUGGGGAGAGCCAUGGUCAGAAAUGGGCUGGGAAGUUACCGAGGGCUUUGCGACAAAAUGGCCGUUUCUGUUGAAGGGAUGUCAUACUCUGAUCGAAUCGACUAACAGGUGGAGGGAAUCCAGAGGAGAAGAGAAACUGAUUAUUGAUGUAUGAGUGUUUUUAUAAAUUUUCUUUUUUUCAUUGGCGUUGAAACAUUUAUGUACUUGUAUAUGAGGUAGG